AAAUUGAUCUAAAAAAUGAACUAAAACAACUAAAACAAGAGUUCAACAAGCGCAAACAAGAAAUCAACAAGCAUAUACAAGAGAUCAACAAGCGUAAACGAGAGCUUGAAACGAAAGGUUUAGAGCCACCUAGCAUUUCCGUGCAAGCUUCCAAGCAAAGCCAUACAGACGCAAUAUUGCACGCGUAUCAUAAAACCAAUCCUUCUGCAUCUG